AUGCAUAAAAUCUGUCGACCAGCAUUUCAACGUUAUACUGAUGAGCACACAUACCAGGCGUACACGUCUCGCACGUUUGAUCAUUGCACCGCCAUCUUUCGAUGUACUGGGGACUAUCCAGCAAUGACCGGAAAACAAUUGAAAGAUCUCUUUGAACAAAUCUAUACUGGGCAAGGGUGUGAAGGAUGUGGAAGCCAUGGAUUCUAUUCGGGUAAAUGCGAGGUCACCCUUAACUAUUGCUCGCAUUGCGUCGAUAGCGGCGAUCCGGGAAUUGUGUUAAUCGACGAAAAACUCGUGGAA